AUUUCGCAUUCGUUGAAACAAUGGUGGCUCGGAGCUUCCAGGUCCGCCACAACGACUCCGAUUUCUCCGUCGUCUACGACACCGACGACGGCCUCGAAGUUUUGAAAUACCAGCUCUACUCUCUCACCUCUGUACCUCCCGACGAUCAGAAGCUCAUCGGAGCCGAUGACGAUCGCGUUGUUUUGGACGAUUCCGACCUGAUCGCGGUCUCCGAGAAGCUGCGGCUGGUCUCGAUCAGUGAAUAUCAGCCGGAGUCAGCCGCCGGAGACGACGAGUUGCUGAAAUCCGAUGAGGAAUUGGCUAGAAUGCUGCAGGCGGAGGAGGAGGCGCUUAUGUAUCAGCAAUUCGCUGUUGCUGAAGAUGAUGGAGAAUUUGAGAGGAGAGUGCGGCCUUAUAUCAGUCAAGUUCUUAUGUAUGAGGACCCGAUACGCCAGGAGGCUGCUAGGAAAACGGUGGCUGUAGAACAGCUGGAGGAGAAGGCAUUGGUCAGUUUGGCCAAGGAGGGAAAGUUUACUCCAACAAAGAAGGAACAAGAUCAUGCUUUCCUGCUGCAGCUGCUUUUCUGGUUCAAACAAUCCUUCAGUUGGGUUAAUCAACCUCCCUGUGAUAGUUGCGGCCAUAAAACCGUCAGCCUUGGCAUGGAUGCUGCACUUCCUCCAGAACUUCUUCAUGGAGGUUCACGAGUUGAAAUUUAUAGAUGCACUUCUUGCCCAACAGUGACCCGUUUCCCACGCUACAAUGACCCGCUUAAGCUUUUGGAAACAAGGAAGGGUCGUUGUGGGGAAUGGGCAAAUUGCUUCACGCUUUAUUGCCGAGCUUUUGGGUAUGAAUCACGCCUGAUCCUGGAUUUCACAGAUCAUGUUUGGACAGAGUGCUUCUCAGAAUCUUUAGGAAGAUGGAUGCAUCUUGAUCCCUGUGAAGGAGUGUAUGACAGACCCCUGUUAUAUGAAAGCGGGUGGAAUAAGAAAUUAAAUUAUGUAAUUGCUAUUGGGAAGGAUGGAGUAUGUGACGUAACUAAACGCUACACAAGGAAGUGGCAUGAGGUUCUUUCUCGGCGUAACAUUAUUGCAGAGCCUGCAGUGUCAGCUGUGCUUGCUAAUAUAACAAAAGAAUGUCGAAGAGGCUAUACUUCUGAAGUGCGUUCUGCACUUGAAGACCAUGAUGAAAAGGAAAGACGAGAACUUGAGAGAGAUUUACAUUCUACAGACGAUGCCUCAACCUCAUUACCUGGAAGACGAAGUGGGGAUAAGGAAUGGCGUAAGUCAAGAAUGGAAGAUGGCUCUGAUGAGAGUUUAUCGUUGGCCGGUUCUUGUCCACUUCGUCAAUGUGUGGACGAGCACGUGACAAAAAUUUACAAUGGUUUUCUUCCUAUUCUUUCACAGUUGGUUAAUGAAGGUUUUCCAAAGUCAAAAGCAAUUGAAGUACUGGAGAUUCUUAAAGGAAUUCUCAUAAAUCUAAAGAAAUCCCCUUUUAAAACAAGGAGGGUGUCAAUAGAUUCGGUUCCAAAUAUCAACCAGUCUGUUGUUCAGCAGUUGCUGCCCUCCUUCACUGAGUUACUAAGCGCUCUUUCAUUAAGUAGCAAGGCAGAAACUGAUGGGAGGGUUUACAUUUCUUUGGCUGGACCUGCUGUUAAGACAUCCUUGGCAUUGCCUGUAACAUUCCAUGCUUUGGAUGUCACGAUCCGUAAUCUAAAAAGUUGUGAAAAUUUCGUCAAAGAUUCUCUUUGCUUGCCGCUUCUUAAGUUAAACAGGAUACAUUCCGGUCUAGUCUGUGCAAGUGGAGAAGAAAUUCCAUUUGGCAUUGCCACAUCAGCUUUUGAUGGGACACGCGUGUCCAAGUGGGAAGAACCAAAUGGUGCAAAAGGUUGUUGGAUCAUAUAUAAAGUAUCGGAUAAUCAGAUGCACAAACUUGCGGCGUAUGAGUUGAUGUCAGCCAAUGAUGCACCAGAAAGAGAUCCAAUGGACUGGGUUGUUGAGGGAAGCAAUGACAAGGGGUCAAGCUGGCAUCUAUUAGAUAAACGAACUUCUCAACUAUUCGACAAUCGUUUUCAGUGUAGAACAUUUGAAGUUUCCUCUGAAGGUUUCCUAUCAAAUGCUUUCAGUUACAUAUACCAGGUUUAGAUUUUUGAGGGUUCGUGAUAUUCAAUCAAAUUCGCGGCUGCAAGUAGGUAGCAUCGAUCUAUAUUUUAACAGCAGUUGAUCUUACAGAGGAAUCGACCCGAUUUGACUUCCAUCACGUUUACUCUUUAUUCUUCCAUUAGUUCAAUCAGAUAUAUUGAACUAAAUUGUAUCAUUGUGUAUUUCUCAUUCUUAAAAUUUUAAUGGACUUCC